AUGGAUGAGCCAAACAUCCUGAGGCGCCGUGGGCUUCAGGUUCUGGCUGUUCCAUCAUGGACUGGAUACAAGGCUGAGAUGGUUGGAUUCAGAGAAGCUGGGCCCGAGGGAAUGCAUGGGAAACUGGAAUUGAAGCUGAUAAUUAUUCAGGAUGUUGCCGUAGCAACAGGAAGAGUCUGGUGGUCAGCUCCCCAUCACCCAGUCUCUCUCGGCCACUCUCACCGCUUUCUGUACCAACAGGAGUUUGAUCCUGAGGAGUUUUAUCAUUUGCUGGAAGCAGCAGAGGGUCAUGCAAAAAUUGGGCAAGGAAUAAAGACUGAUAUCCCAAGGUACAUCAUCAGUCAGCUGGGUCUGACAAAGGACCCAUUCCAAGGAAUUGUUCCAUUGGAUGAUGAAGACACAAUCUCUCCACAGAAAUCAGAUUCUCAGGAUAGUCGAGCAACAUCAAUUCCUCGUCCAAAACCUGGUGAGAAUGAUUUUGAGACAAUUAAAUUGAUCAGUAAUGGAGCAUAUGGAGCAGUGUAUCUUGUCCGGCACAUAGAAACAAGGCAACGAUUUGCUAUGAAGAAGGUUAACAAACACAACCUGAUCCUGAGAAAUCAAAUCCAGCAGAUGUUUGUCGAGCGUGACAUCCUGACAUUCGCGGAGAAUCCAUUUGUUGUCAGUAUGUAUUGUUCCUUUGAGACCAGGCGCCACCUUUGCAUGGUGAUGGAAUAUGUAGAAGGUGGCGACUGUGCCAAUCUCCUGAGGAAUAUUGGUCCCUUGCCAGUUGACAUGACCAGGAUGUACUUUGCAGAAACAGUUCUGGCAUUAGAAUAUCUCCAUAACUAUGGCAUUGUGCAUCGGGACCUCAAACCAGACAACCUGCUAAUCACCGCAUUGGGCCACAUCAAGCUGACUGACUUUGGUCUGUCAAGGAUUGGACUCAUGAACAUGACGACCAACCUGUAUGAGGACCACGUUGAGAAGGACACCAGGGAAUUCAUUGAUAAACAGGUUUGUGGAACACCUGAAUACAUUGCUCCAGAGGUGAUCCUCAGACAGGGAUAUGGCAAACCUGUGGACUGGUGGGCCAUGGGAGUCAUUCUGUUUGAAUUCCUUGUUGGUUGUGCUCCGUUCUUUGGAGAGACUCCAGAAGAGCUUUUUGGACAAGUAGUUAAUGAUGAAAUAAUAUGGCCAGACGGAGAAGAAAUUCUCCCUGCAGAAGCCCAGGAUCUCAUCAGCAGGCUGCUGAGGCAGAAUCCUCGAGAUCGCCUGGGGACUGGAGGGGCCCAAGAGGUGAAACAGCACAAUUUCUUCACUAACCUGGACUGGAGUGGAUUACUGCGUCAGAAAGCAGAGUUCAUUCCUCAACUGGAGUCUGAAGAUGACACCAGCUACUUCGACACACGCUCGGAGAAAUAUCAACAUUUGGCAUCAGAAGAGGAUGAAGACUCUAAUGAUGAAGAGUCAUCUCUGGAGAUCAGACAAUUUUCAUCCUGUUCACACCGAUUCAGUAAGGUUUACAAUAGCUCUGAGCAUCUGGCAGCUCUCUCCAGCCUAAGCACCUCAUCAGCAGAGUGCAGCCAGAGUGAGGAACGAGGAGAGCAACACAGUCCAAAGCACUCACUAAACACAAGCCCCGGCCUGAGACCUCGAGCCUCCUCAGCAAGCUCCCACUUUGACAAAGGUGUCAGUGCCACUCACUGCGUUCCCAGCUCAGACACUGUAUCCUGGUUUGCAUUCUCCAAUGAGGAUGAGAGUGAGAUCUCAGCACUGACCCAACAAGCAUUGGAGCCAGAGAAGCAAGGAUUGCAAACAGAGUCAAACAGAACCAGAGCCCAGACAUUCUCAGAUGUUCUUACCACCAGUAUUAAUCGCAUACGUAUACGUAGCAACAGUAUGGGGCACAGAAGCUCCACCCCGAAAGGAUCAUAUCCCAUAACAACUCACAAAAUCAAGGGUCAGCUUGAAAUCACAGAGGAAGACCGGUUGACAGCUGCAAGUACAGUCCCCAAGUCUGCAUCCAUCAGUGCCCUUUCACUUACUCUCACACCCAGUGGGUUUGCUUCAGUGCCAGUGGUUGGUCCUGUGUCGCCAAGAUCAUUUUCAUCGAACACCUCAUCCCGAGACUCCUCACCAAGUCGUGAUCACUCAUUGAACAUCACAAGUUUGCGACCUCCAAUAAUUAUUCACAGUUCUGGAAAAAAAUUUGGAUUCACGUUACAAGCAAUUCGAGUUUAUGUGGGGCACAGCGAUGUAUAUACUGUGCACCACAUGGUUUGGAGUGUAGAAGAAGGAGGCCCAGCUCACGAGGCAGGAUUGUGUGCUGGUGACUUGAUCACACAUAUCAAUGGAGAAUCGGUCCUGGGACUUGUUCACACAGAGGUGGUGGAACUCCUCCUGAAGAGUGGAAACAAGGUAGUGCUGUGUUCCAUGCCAAUGGAGAAUUCUUCAAUAAAGGUUGGCCCUGCCAGGAAGAUGAGCUUCAAAGGCAAGAUGGCUCGAUGCAGCAAAAGGAACCGUCGGAAGGAUGGCCAAGAAAGAAAGAGGUCCCACUUCAAGAAGAUUUCCAAGCAGGCACCAACGAUACGCACGAGCAAAAGCUUCUCAUCUGGCUUGCAGCUGAAUCUCCCACCCAAAGAAAGUCUUCCAGGGUCACCAACUCACAGUCUGUCACCAGGACCAGCAACUCCCUGCCCAAAUUCUGGUUCUGAGCUCCAUUCAGGGACUAAUUCACCUCAGAACAUCUCCCCUGGAUCUAGUGCUCCAAGCUCACCAGCUGGGAAUAUCAGACCUUGCACCCUCCAUGGACUGACUCCCAAAUCUAAUCACCAGCGUUAUAAAACUGGACAUCGUAAAUCUAUCAACAGCAUUCCACCCUCCCCUCUGGCAUGCACGCCAUCACCAACACCUCAAGUGUCCUCGCCACACCGUUCUCCUUCACCUUUAUCAUGCUAUUCAAAAAAUAUCCAGUCAUAUCCCUGCAGGAUGCUGUCACCUCCAACCACUGUUAGAAGUUCAACUCGAACUCGCACUGGGGAUUUCCCACAAUCACCAUUACUGAAAUGUGUGCAAUCAGCAGACAAACUGUCAGCUGCACAUCUUACAGAUAAGAAACAGUGUGGCUCAGUAAAACAAGCAGAAAGAUCUGCGUGUGAAGGAAGAAAUGAAGUUUUACAGAAAGAAUGUCAAAGUGUAGCUGAGAUGGAUGAGAACCAAGGGUUAGGUGGCAGGCAGUGCUCAGGAGAGAAUGUAUACCAUGUUCAUACAAGAACUCAGAGACCAAGAGAGCAGACAGCAGAACGACAUGAGACAGACCGAGAUGUAGUCAUGAUGAAAAAGCUAAAUUGGUCAGAACGUCGUGAUUCAUUUAAGAAACAAGAAGCAGUUCGGGAAGUGAGUUUUGAUGAAGCAGAUGUGACAUCGGCUGCUGCUGAUUGGGAAAGAAUGAGGAAAGAGAGAGUCAGUGUAGGUAUAGAGGGAGAAGGUAGUGCAGAUAUAAACUAUUCUCAGCAUAAAGCAGCAUGGCUCAGGAAAGGAUUCACCGCUGAUUCGAUGCCUGAAGCAGCUGCAGAAUAUUCUAGACUUAAAGAGCCCAACAGUUGGAAAUUAGGGCCACAAAUUGAUGUCUGCAAAUCAAGUUUAGAAAAUCCGAAAAAGGGUGUAGUGGAAUGGGGAUGUCAGAUUCCUGGCUUGUGUGAAGAUCCUUUUGGAGACUUGUCAACAGAUAAUACAGAAAUCAACAGCUGUAGAAAACAGUGGGCACCAGUUCAGAGGGCAAAGGGAGAGAAAUUGCAACCUGAUUUGGGAGGGAUAGCCAGAUCAACAGGCAUGUCACUCAAUUUUGUACAUUGCCCCCAUCAAUCAGAUUUGCUGUACAGUCAAGAAAAAGCUCAAAGCUGCUUCAGAACAGAUGAAAGUCAAACACAAAGUAAAUUAAUGUUAAGUGCCUGUGAACCUGAACAUCACAGCAAAAAAGCAGCAAAGUGCAGCAGAGGGCAAGUGGCACAUACUGACACUGAAACUGCACUGACUGCAGACAAUAACAACACAAUCUCUUCAAACUUUUCAACCAGGAAAUCGACAAGAAAUCGCAAGAAAGGAAGAGUUAAAAACUGAGCCCUAUGGUUCAUAGAGCCGAACAAAGGGAAAACCUGAAAGUCAACUUAGACUAAAUUGAAUCAUUGGAAAAGUUGUCAGGAUAGUGAGGGACAAUUGCUGGAAAAUGUUUUUUAGAUUUCCUUUUAUAUUACCAAAAUCCUCAAGUUCAGUUAUACAACAAAUCACACUUACCUGGGAAAUCACCCAAAACUACUCUUAUAGUGAUAAGAGAACCAACAUUGGAACAAACCCCGAGACAGCCACCAAUGUAUUUCCAACAGCACGAUGUUUUAAGGUUUUACAGCUGUGUUUGAUACACCAGGAACAGGAUGACUAAAUGUAUCCUGAAGCAACAAUGCAACAUUUUCAGAACUAAAUAAAGUCAACCUAAUCCUGAUAACCGAGAGCUACAUUUUUCAACAUUAAAACUUUGAUAAAGCAAUUUGAUAAUUCCGCUCAAUGUGAUCACUUAAACCCCAUGUUCACUUGUUGGUAAAAUGACAGAGAAGUUGUUUGAGGUCAAUCCUUGGUAAUGGGUCUCCUAUUAAAACACAUAAAUAAUCAGAUAAGUUAGCAGGCAGCAGCAGAACGUUUUAAACAGAGUUUUCAAUAUUUUGAAUUUUAGUUAAAAGUUCACUCGUGUUCUGAACUUGUUCGUUGAGAAGUGAAAUACUGUACUAAUAGUUGACAUCAAUUGCAACUUAGGAGCUUUACUCUGUCUCUAACCCUGUGCUGUACUUUCUCUGGAGGGUUUGAUGGGGACAAUGUAGAGGAAGCGUUACUUUGUCUCUAACCCCUUACUGAAUGUGAAUGUUUGAGGAACUAAUUAAAGAUGCCUUUGCAUAUUGUACCAUUUCUUGGUGUGAAUAGAUCUGCUGAGCUUGUCAUUCACCAUUAUGCACAAUCUUUGGCACAAUCAGUUGCCAUCUUAUAAGGCCUUGAUGUAGUGAAGGUCAAUAAGUGAAUUCCAUGGGAUUCAUUCUAUCUCUUGUGGAGUGUAACUUGCAGUUUGUACUGUUCAGUGAUGCCCCUUACCAAAGUACUUUACAAAUAUGAUGCUGAAUUUCAGUCCUUGAACAUGUUGCCUUUCGGAAUGAGUAAUUGUCUUGGUUGUAUGUUAGUUACGAGCUGUUGGGGUUCCAGAUUGCACAUCUAGGCUAAUUAUUGUCAAUUUUAAUCUUCUCUUAAUCAUUACAGAAAGACCACACUUUCUGCCCGUAUCAUUGAUAGCCUAUUGUUGUUUCAGAUGUUGUGUAUCUUGUGGUUAAUGUAAAGAGUUAGAUAUCCCAGCAAGCUCGCUGAAAUUCAUGAUCAGUUGGAAACCCUAUAAUGUCUGAGUUGACAGGUUGCAGGUUUCCCCAAAAAUAUUUUUGUUACAACACCAUUAACCACUGAAUUUGACAGAGAAAGUAAGUUUAUACUGCAAACUAUUCUUGAAAAUGAAAUGAAAUAAUGAAUUAAACAAAGGUUGCUGAAAAUUCCUUUCUUGUGAGUGUUCAAACCCAAUAUGCUGAAUCUUGAGGUACAAAACUGUCAGGAAGGGAAAAGAUUUCUUCCAAUUCUGAUUCUUUAAUUUAAACUGUUCCUCAUGUUUGACAAGCUGCAUUGUGACUCACAUUGAUUCAGUGAGGAAUGAAAUACAAUUUUAACUAAAGUUGCACUCGAUGCUGCGCAUUUUCUUAUUAGUUUAAUAUCAACUUUUUUUUAUUUUCCAUAUGCUGGAUUUUGUUUAAUUGUCUCUGUAACAGAUUUUAAUAAAGGAUUUUAUCUUCUUAACA